AUGCCCGGUGUAACUUACCGUUGUUUGAGGAAAAAUUAUUACCAUUGUUUCUUACCUCUGAAUAAUAUAUUUCUAGAUUAUGAUCUAUCUUGCAAACGAUUCUUAAUAGAUCUUUCAUUUCAACAUCUAAUGGAUAAUCAAGCAAAUCAAAGUAAAUCAAAUACUGAAUUAACCAUGACAACAGACAAGUCAAAUGUCUUACAUAUAUCACCACUUCAAUCAACAUCUGAAUUAUCAUCACCAUCGUCAUCGUCGAGAAAACGUCGUUCUAUAUCGUAUGCUAUUUCUAGAUUGAAACAAAUGAAAAUGGCUCAACAAGAAAUGCAUCUUGAAUCCAAUACUUCUUCUGAUAACAUUGAUGUGACACAUUCUCUAACAAAUGCACGAUCAGAUAACACCAGUGACAACAAUACAGUACAACUGAAUAAUAAUAACAAUCCGACUCAGUUAUCGACAAUAAUUAAUAGUGACUCAUUACAACAGUCAAUUCCUACCGAUUUCUCUUCGGAUACUUUAUCUUUAUCACAACUACAACAACCAUCACCACAAAGAAAUCCAUCUCAAUCAUAUAAUUCAUUGCCUGAUGAUCAUAUUAAUGUUAGUAAUAGUAGUAGUACUACUAUUCAACUAAAGAUUUCACCAAAAGAAUCUUCUUCACAUAUAAAAAUUAAAUCAUUACCUAAUUAUACAACGCGACAUGAUAAUAGUCUUAAUUGUGUUGUAGCAAGGAAUAACUCUUCAAGAAUAUUUAUACAAUGCCUUUCUGAUAGUGAAUCUGAUGAAUACAUUGAUCUGGAUGAUACAAAAAUAACAACACCUAUUAAUGAUGUAACUAAUCAUUCAAUUCAUAUGAAUCAUUAUAAUCAUACUAUAACAGAACAAAUACCAACUCAAUUAUCAAAUCAUGAAAGUAUACAAAAAAACGAUAUACAAUCAAAUGAAUUGGUUUCUUCUUAUGAAACUACUGAUAAUAUUAUUAGUAGUAAUUCAAAUAAUAGUGAAAUAAAAUGCAUAAAUGAUAAUAAUCAUAGUAAUAAUAAAAUUAUAGAAUCAGAUGAUUAUUGUUGGAUAUGUCAUAAACCUGGUGAAGUUGUUAUUUGUAGUUAUUGUCCAAGAGUAUUUCAUGCAAUUUGUUUAUGUGCAACAGAUUUUCCAGAUAUAUGGCUUUGUCCUGAAUGUCAAGAUGUUAUGUUAGCUGAAUGUUCAUUGUAUCAAUUAGAAUCAUGGUGUAAAAUUACUAAAGAUCAAUUGAAACGAAUGUUAUUCUUUCUUUUGGAUCGAUUAUCUAGACAGUCUUGGGCACGGUAUUUUCGUGAACCAGUGGAUUCAACAAUUGUUAAACACUAUAACGAAUUAAUAAAGUAUCCAAUUGAUUUACAUACUUUAUAUUCUCGUGUUAAGUCAGGUGAAUACGCUUCACCUCAAGCUUUUCUUGGCGAUUUCCGAUGGAUACUUCAUAACUGUAUUAUAUUCAAUGGUGCCAGUUCUUCUAUUACAUCAUCUGCACGUCUACUAGAUCGUACAUUUCAUCGAGAAUUUAAUUUAAUGCGUGCUUGUCCAAUAUGUUAUCUUAAUCGUAUGCCAGCAAUUCAUUUAUUACCAUCAACAACUAAAAAAUUGCCUCCAUUAACUGAAAAUGAAUCUGAAUCUUAUUUAAAUGUAGCUUCAGUACGAUCAUCAAAUGAAUCAAAUGAGAUAAUUGAAAGUGAUAAUAUUAGCGUUGUUAAUGGUGUUAACAAUGAAUGCAAUAGUAGUAAUACUCAUACUAAUACUACUAGUAAUAAUAGCGAAUCCAAAAGUUCGUCAUCGUCGUCAUCAUCAUCAUCAUCGAUAUCUACAUUAGAUCCUUGGUGGUUCUGUAAAUUAUGUAAUGUGAUUCAUCCAAUUGUUUGGAUACGCCUACAAAAUUAUCCACGUUGGCCAGCUAAAGUUAUUGCACAUGAUGGUAAUUUUCUUCUUGUUUCAUUUUUUGGUGAUUAUGAUGUAACUAUUGCACCAAUUGGUUCUGCUAAACUUCAUUCAUCUAAUCAAUCAAAAAGUUUAUCUAAACUAUCUAUCAUUACUAUGGAUAUUAAUACUACUACUAAUAAUAAUAGUAGUGAUAAAGAAAAUAGAUCUGAUUAUGAUGGUACCAAAUCUAUGACUUCUAUGGAUAAUAAUGAUAUUUCAAAUGAUCCUAGUGUUGUAACUUCUCACUUAUCUUCCAAGACAACUUCUUCAUUAUUAACAUCAUCAAUGGAUCCUAUAGUUCAAGAGAAUUUUCAUAAAGCUAUUACAGAAUUAAAUUAUCAUGUCAAUCUAAUUUAUCAACGUUAUCCUAAUUUUAAACUGCCUGUGAAUCAAUUAAGAUUUACUAAACGUCAUGUUAAAAAAUAUUAUGGUCCAUUCACUGAGACUCCUUCUUCCUCUUUAUCUGAAACAACAAAUCUCACUAAGGAAACCAAUUCUGUUAUUGAUAUGACUCGUGCUGUGAAUACAACACAAAUGACUUGUAAUACCACUUCUUGUAGCAUCAAUACUACAACUACAACUAAUACAAGUGUUACAAAUAGUGAAAAAAUAGAUAAUUCAGUUAAAUUGAACCGCAUCCCUUCAUCAAAUGAUGCAUAUCGUGAACCAGUGUUAACACGUGUUGCUGCUAGUCUACGUAAUUCACCGGUAAUUCCAUCAGAAUCAUCAUCAGUCUUACAAACUUCAUGUCCGCCAGUUGUUAAUGUAAAUACUAUGAAACGUAAGCACAAUGAUACAUCACUAUCCACAUCAUCUUCACCAGCAGUUACAUUGGAAUUGGAAAGUGUCAGCUCUGAAGAUAUUCGUGCUACAGUUGAUCAUAGUAAGAGAAAACGAAAAAAGAGUAAACAUCAUAAUUUGAAAAAAAUUACUUUCAAACCAUUAUCUGAAGAUGAGACUACAACCAUCAUCACCAGCUCUGCCAAUAACGAUGAGACCAAUAGUAACGAUAAUAAUAAAAGCAGCGACACUACUGUUGUUAUCAAAGAUAAUGCAUUAACCAUUGAAACUGUACCUACAGUAACAAUAACAACAUCUGAAAUGCAACCUUUCUCUGAUAUUAUAAUACCUUCUACUUCAAACACAUCAGAUAAUGUACAUAUGGUAUUGGAUGAUUUUCGAAAUUCUAUUAAUGAAGCUUUACAAAAAUUACAAGAAAAAUUAGCUCCUACAAUAAAUGCUACAGAUAAUGCUGUUGUUUAUCCUACGACUAUUUCAGAACUACCUAAUUUACAUCCAAUUUAUUGUGAUAUUGCAAUACAAACGAAUGAUGAUCUCCCUAUAUUAGAUCAUGUUCAUUCAUUAAAACCUUUAAAUGUAAUGAAUGAAUCUAAAUCGAUUCAAACAGAUGGAAUGGAAUUAUCGACAAAUCUUUCUAUAUCCAAUGAUGAUAGACCGUCGACAUUACAAGAACGUAUGAUGGAAGCUGAAAUUCUUCAUAUGGAACAAGAAAUUCAACGUUUAAAUAUAUUAGUUAGAUAUACACGUGCUGAAAUGGGAUUAGAAAUGCAACGUCGUAUAAGUGAAUUACGUAGAAUAUGGAAUGAUGAACUAAUUGCUAUUAUGGAAGCAGCUAGUAGAAUAUGGGAAUAUGAUGUUGUAAGAAUUGUUGAUGUUGUAAAACGUCGUCAAUGGUGUGCAUAUUGUGGACGUAUAGCCUAUUAUUAUUGUUGUUGGAAUACAUCAUAUUGUAAUGGUAUUUGUCAAUCAAAACAUUGGCCUUUUCAUAUGGCUUCUUGUGUACAAGCUAAAAGUCAAUUGAAUAAUAAUAAUAAUAGUUCUGUACGUCGUCAUUCUCAAUCACCCAAUUUAACUAAUUCAUCUAAUAUCAUCGAUCAAUCACAUUUCUCUUUAACACAACCAUCAGCGAUUCAACAUCUUUCACAAAAUCAUCCUUAUCCUCCUUCAGGAGCAGCUCCUGUUCCUCCUCCACCUCCUCCUCAUCAUCAUCAUCACAACUACCACCAACAGCAACAGCAACGAAUGAUUUUGCCGAAUACAUCCAAUUCAUCCAUUGGUGGUAUAUAUCCAUUAAACAAUAAUGGUAAUUCAAUCACAACUAAUAAUAUUCCAUUUCAACGUUCAUUAUUAUUAUCAUCAUCAUCUGGUACACAAUCUCGAACAUUUAAAAAUUGA